GAUGGUUGCUAUCUAUAAAAGGGCAGUCCCGCCUUCUAUUUGGGGGAGACAACCACAAAAUUGAACUUAACCUUUACCACACACAACAACGAACAUAAAAAUAUUAUGAGCGACAAUGUACAGCAACAAGUAGAUUCAGUUGGUUCCGUAACUGAAAAUUUGCAGAGAGUUAAUCUCAAUAACAGACCCAGGAAGUACAUUCCUCCCUUUGCCCGUAGCACACCUGAUGCAGCUCCUUCCAGCCCCAACCCAUUGAGUUCUGACCCCGUUUCUCGUUCCCCCAGCGAGACUUCGUCUUCUGGCUUUGGCGGUCGUCGCGAUUUCCAUCGUGGUGGCGAAGGCCGUGGAGGAUAUGGUGGUGGCUUCCGUGGAGGUCGUGAAGGCUACGGUGGUGGUUACCGUAAUAACCGUGGAGUUGGUCAAUGGAGAGAUGGCCAACACAUCCUUGGUAGCAGAAACACCAUAUUGGAACGCCAAUUGUUUGGUGCAGUUGCCGAUGGUGUUAAAACUUCUACAGGAAUCAACUUUGAAAAAUAUGAUGACAUCCCUGUUGAGGUUUCUGGAGGUGAAGUUGAACCAGUUCAUGAGUUCCUCUCCCCUCCUUUGAACAGUCAUUUGCUGCAAAAUAUUUUCUUAUCUGGUUACACUCAACCUACCCCGGUUCAAAAGAACUCCAUUCCCAUCGUCACUUCUGGUCGUGAUUUGAUGGCAUGUGCUCAAACUGGUUCAGGUAAGACGGCCGGUUUCUUGUUCCCCAUUCUUUCUCUUGCAUUCGAUAAGGGCCCAGCCCCUAUUCCUAUGGAUAAAAACGCUGGUAUGGGUUAUCGUCCUCGUAAGGCUUACCCUACUACCUUAAUUCUUGCUCCCACUCGUGAAUUGGUUUGCCAAAUCCAUGAGGAAUCAAGGAAGUUUUGCUACCGCUCUUGGGUUCGCCCCUGUGCUGUUUACGGUGGUGCUGAUAUCCGUGCUCAAAUCCGUACUAUUGACCAAGGUUGUGACUUACUUUCUGCCACUCCUGGUCGUUUGGUCGAUUUGAUUGACCGUGGUCGUAUCUCUUUGUCUAACAUCAAAUUCUUGGUUUUGGAUGAAGCCGAUCGUAUGUUGGAUAUGGGUUUUGAACCCCAAAUUAGACAAAUUGUUGAAGGUGCUGACAUGACUGAUGUUGCCAAUCGUCAAACUCUCAUGUUUUCCGCUACUUUCCCUCGCGAUAUCCAAGUGUUGGCUCGUGAUUUCUUAAAGGACUAUAUCUUUUUGAGUGUUGGUCGAGUUGGAUCUACUUCUGAAAACAUUACUCAGAAGGUUGUUCAUGUUGAGGAUUCAGAAAAGCGCAGUUACUUGCUUGACAUUCUUCACACUUUACCUAUUGAGGGUUUGACCUUGAUUUUCGUUGAGACUAAGCGUAUGGCUGAUACUCUUACCGACUAUUUGUUGACCAGCAACUUCCCUGCAACUAGUAUCCAUGGUGACCGUACUCAACGUGAGCGUGAACGUGCCUUAGAUUUGUUCCGUUCUGGUCGUACUUCCAUCAUGGUUGCUACUGCAGUCGCUAGUCGUGGUUUGGAUAUCCCCAAUGUCACCCACGUUAUUAACUACGAUUUGCCCACCGAUAUUGAUGACUAUGUCCAUCGUAUUGGUCGUACUGGUCGUGCCGGAAACACUGGUCAUGCCGUUGCUUUCUUUAACCGUAAUAACAAGGGUCUCGCCAAAGAUUUAAUUGACCUUUUGAAUGAAUCCCACCAAGAGUGCCCUAGCUUCCUUUUGGCUAUGGCCCGUGAAAGUAGCUUCGGUGGUGGUGGCCGUGGUCGCUUCACCCCUCGUGGACGUGGUGGUGGAAACUACGGAAGCCGUGAUUUCCGUCGUACUACUAACACUACUAGCAACUAUAGCAGUGGCAGUAGCUACUCUCCUUAUAGCAGUGGUUAUGACCGUACCCCCAGCAACCAUGGUAACACUUAUAACAGUGGCAGUUCCCAAUCCUGGUGGUAAGCUAGGAUAUGACUGAUCCUCCUUUUUAUUUAUGCAGUCAAAAAUCUUUUGCGUUUGUUAAAGAAACUUUGUUCUGUUCAAGUUCUGCAGACUCUGCUAAAAAGGAAACAAAGAUGCUUUGGAUAGAAAUAUCUGAUGGAUAGAGAUAAAAAGAAGAAAAAUCAAUGAAAGAGUGAAAUUAUUCAUACUUCACUGUGAGCGUUUUGCACGAAGGAAAUUUGAUCGAUUCGUUAGUAACAGAUGAGAUGAUAAUAAAAAUCGAAUUGACAUUAUCCGCUUGAGCGUGCGUUUGUUGAUUGCAGAUGUGGAAGCGUUAUGUGAACGAUCCGACAAUUUUUUGUAUGCAUGUUGUUUCUUUGGUUCACUAUUACUGUGUCAACAGUUGAAAAUACUGAUAAUUUAAGUUAUUGGUACGGAAAAAUUAUACAAAGGGAUACAAUAUUUCGGAAGAAAGCAUUUUAGAGUGAAUGUACGAAUACGACGGGCAUACAGCAUAUAUAAAUGAUUAUGUUGAUAUUUUUUCGAGGCUAUAUGGAUGUGCUUUGAAGUCUUGAAAAUUUAUUUCUUUCUGGGGAGGUUGGUUUUAAAUUCAGCGUCUCUCUUUUGUUGGAUUGUGGUUCUUGGGUAUAUAGUUUCUUAAAGGAAAAGGUUACGAUUCUGCAAUUUGUAGUAAUAGAAAUGCGCGCUAAAGCUAAUAAUACAUUAUUGACUAUUGAGAUGAGA